UACAAUAACAAUCUGCUUCAGGAGUUACAAACGACGAGACAGCAGCGGUACCGCUGAAUCGGUCUGUUCCUCUGAUAGAGUAUUUCAUUCUGCAUUCAGUGGUUCAGUGUGUGGAAAAGGGGUUCUAUCUUCUAACAGGAAUACUUCCAUUCUAGCUACGUUUCUGAAAAUGCUGAUCUAGCCUGAUAUGCGAGAGUGGCCAGCGUUAGUUGUUUGAGUAGGACGCACAUGAGCGGGGACUGUAGUGUGGGAAAAUCCGCGGAUGUAACUGCGGCCUACAACACAACUAGGCACUCGAGAGCAAAUUUUGAACAUGGCAGAGGAUCCUCAGAGGAACUUUAGGUCUGCUUACUAUGAAAAGGUGGGUUUCAGGGGUGUGGAGGAGAAGAAAUCACUUGAGAUUCUCCUGAAGGACAAUCCACUUGAUGUGGAGAAGCUAAGUACGUUUAGCCAGAGGUUUCCAUUACCCUCUAUGUAUAGGAUCCAUGUAUGGAAAGUGCUACUUGGUAUACUGCCACCACACAGUGAUUCUCAUCCCCUGGUUGCACGAUACAGACGAGAGCAGUAUAUGGAUGUGAUAGCGGCUCUUCUGGCUAUGCGCUUUGUCCAUGCAGCAACACCAUAUACAGAGCGCUGCCUUCGCAUGCACCAGCUUGAGAACCAGCAACUGCCUCGCCGAUCAGAGCUCGCACAGCCAGGGGAAGAGGAUGAAGAUUUUUUGGCUAUUGCCAGGGCGAUGGAGGAAAUUGUAGAAGACCCAGUGGACUGUUACUGGCUAAUUAGGUGUUUUGUCAACCAGUUCAACCACAAGUUUGGUGAUUCUAUACCUCAUCUGCCCAAGAGUCUGGAGCAUUUCCUCUCCCAAGAGGACAAUCGUCUGCUGGCCCACAUGAAAGCUACUGGCAGUCUGGUGAUGUUGCCCUACUCUCUUUGGUUUAGACGCUGUUUUGCAGGCUGCUUGCCAGAGUCAAGUCUACAGAGGGUGUGGGACAAAGUGAUCAGUGGCUCCUGUAAAAUCUUAGUUUUCGUGGCAGUGGAAAUUCUGCUGAGCUACAAAAUAAUGCUCCUGGGGAUGAGUCGACCAGAAGCGAUAGUGAACUUCCUGAGCAAUAUGCCACAGGAGAACACAGAUGCCAUAGUGACCAAAGCCAUUGAUCUCUGGCACAAAUACUGUGGAACACCCAUGCAUUCUGUUUAAUGCUUGUGGAUAUGGAAUGUAGUACAUAGGAACAGACACUUCUGAGAAGUCUGUGAUGUGCUGUAGACUUAUGACUUUGUCAGCCCAGACAGCUGUUUUCUGACCCACACAGAGGCAGUCUUUACUAUGGUAAAUAACAUGAAACAGUCAGCUUUUAAGUAAGGUUUUGGUGUUAGUCUCUACUGUAGAGGCACUGAAAGACAAAAGAUCAGAACAGCCCCAAACUUUCACUUACUUUAAGUGUAUCUUUUUUUAAUAAGUUCUCUUUACAUCAGAAACUGCAUACAUCAUCCAGGGAGCAACAAUAAGUUAGAACAAGACAUGCACCUCCUCCUUUCAUGGAUUCUCUCAGUCCCAUAGCAGCAGAGGAGAGGAGCAUUACAGAAAGACUGUAAACAAAACCCACCACUCUUAACAUUACUUAACCCGCUCUUACUUUGAUCCAUAUGGACGCUUGCUCUCACCAGUGCCUAUUUACCGUUCUAUAUCAAAGUUGAUCGAAAUAUUUAAGGGAUGUAAAAUAUUUUCACAAACUGUGUACUUUGACAAGUUUUGUGUGAAGAAUGAAAAUCUAAAAUAAAAAAUCAUUUGACAAA